AGACAACAGUUUUAAUAAUUUGCAUGAUUUUUCUUGGUCUGAAUGGUUCGAAUCUCAUAACACUCCAGAACACUUGGAGUAAAACUAUGCUGUAAGGAAACCUACAUCAAUCUACGGUUUAGUUAAACAGAUACUAUGAACACAAGAAACCGCUAUGGCUCCUACUAUAUUAACAAAGAGAAAUAUUUAACAACUUUUGAUCAUACCGUACACUCAACUAAUGAUUAGCUAUGGAUUUUUCCCAGCUUGAUAAAGUUCGAUCUUUAAUUGAAGUGGACCAUUGUUACACAUCUUCAAGUAAAAGUAAUUGUGAUAGUGAUAACGAAAUAUUCAACUUGUCACCUUACCAUUCAAAUCUUGAAGUAGAAGAAAGUUGCUUAGAUGUUGGUGGGCCUGCUCCUAGAUGUUCAUUUGAAGAGGAAAGAGUUCAUCAAAAUCUAUCAUUCACUAAUUGUUCGUCUGUGCCUGAGUUAUGUCAAAGGUUUCCUACAAAACAACCCAAAGAUGAUAACCAUACGUGGGUUUUGUGUGAAAGAAGGCAUUUGAAUCAGAUUUUAUCAUCUCUGAGAAAAGUUUUGAGAAAUGAAUACUUUUACUGCUCUCAAUUUCAUGAUAUUAAACGCCUAAAUGUAUACAAGGAACUUUGUCUUCAUCGUGCUGCUAAUACUCUGAGAAGAAUAUUCGCUGACCUUUUUUGGCACAUAGAGAAAUGUCACAGCAUUCACCUAUGGUGUGUGAAAAAUCUUUCAGAAACUUUGUUACCAAUUUAUCGUUCAGUUUUUUGUAUAUUAUGGAGAAAAAAUAAGGUUAAUCCAUUAUUGAAAGUGCUCAAUACGAUUCUGCAAGAACGCUGUAUGGAUGAUGUAAUAGUUAAUCGAUUCUUAUCUGACUUCAGAUCAUCUGUCAAUGAUGAAUGCAACGACGGUGUAAAAAAAACUUUGAUGCAGUCUUCUUCACGAUCCAUCAUUACAAAGAAUAUACCUACUCAGAUAUCUUUAAAUCGUUCAACAAUUGGCGAUGGAAUAGUUCUAGCAUGUAUGACUUUUCCGGGAUCUCGUGACAGUAAACGAUUACAAAAAUUAAUCAGUUUACUCGGUGAAAUUGGACAAAUUAAUUUAGAAGAUCAUGAAGAACAAAUAUGUGAUAGUAUGAGACUUCGAUUACGAUUAUUUGUCCGACGUGUUAUUAAUUUGCUUGAUGAAUACAAGAAUGAAUCUAUUUAUCUAGUUAGCUUCGGUGUUGGUUCGUUACUUAUGUUAUUAUCUGUUAUACAUAUACUCUCGUUGAAUAAUUCUCGUUCAGAAAAUAAUUAUACUAAUCGAACAAGUAUAAAUGGAAUUAUUUGUGUUGGUUUACCAUUAAUUGGUUUAAGAGGUAAACGAGGUGAAUUGAAUGAUCCACUCCUAUCGAUACCAGCUUUACCAAUAUUAUUUAUUAUAGGCGCUAGAAGUCGACUUGGUGGUUAUAAAGAAGCAGUUGAAUUUCGAAAGAGAUUAUUCAAUGCUAGACAAAGACAACGUCCACUAACUUCUCGAAUCGAUAAUAAUGACAAUGAUAAUUUAAUUCAUAUGAAUUAUACUAACCAAUUUCGACACAAAAUCAAUGGAUCAUCUAGCAUCACUGCUACUAAUACUACUACUGUUGUUCAUGAUGAUAAUAAUGAAUUGAAUUCGAUCUCACCAACUUUUGAUUUAUUAGUUAUUGGAGGUGCCGACCAUUUACUUCGAAUGCAACCGUCUGCAUGUAGACGUUGGUGUACUACACAAAGUAUGGUAGAUGUUAGAAUGAUGAAUGCUAUCAAAAAGUUUAUUUGUAAAACUAAAAUACAACCAUUUGGAUAGUUAUCCAUGGACUUUAUGUUAUCCCCAUUAACUCCCAGUGGUAAGAGGUGAUCAUGACUUGAUAUUACAUUGACAACAAUAACACAUUCAUAAGCAUUAAAUCCAGAUUUUUGUUUUUACGCUACAUUGGUAAGAAUAUAAUACAAUUCAACAAUUUCUUUUGAAUAUCAUCAGAGAGCGGAAACAAUGUAUAACCAUAUACAAAAGUUUACAUCGUUUUGAUUAGUAUCAACAUGAUGAUACAUGCUAUCGUCCAUAUUUUUUCAAGAAAAAAACAACCUCUGAAAUAAUUGGAUUCAAAUGGAAUAGAGAAUUACUUAAGAUAUGAUUUUUAGUAGAUGAGAAAUAAACACUAAGGUGUAUAAUAUUAAUAUUUUUGUAUUUCGAGUUAUUUACAUUGUGAAUUUUGUAUAAUAGUUGUAAAUAAAUAAUAUUACUUGUUAAUUUUUCAAAUUCUCACACAUGAAUAACUGUACUCAAACCACAAUACAUUUUAAUAACCUUGUAUAAAUUUAUGUGUUAUACUACACACUUAGCUGUUCAAGAAAAUUAAUAACGAGAUGGUGGGAAAUAUUUGUAGCUCGGUUAAAUGAUUUUGGUGAAGUUGCAUCCUCUGUACUCGGUGUUUUGAUUAUGAAGCUUCUAUUGUUUUUAGAUACAUCAUCAGUUCACAGAACGGAACCUCACCAAGAAUAGUAAUACAAUUUGUGUGAAAAAAUCCUCACAGACAAAGCAUAGUCAUGGCUUAUUGAUUAGUAGUCCUAACUAAACCGAUAUUCGAACGAGCAAACAUAGUGUAACAUAAUCCAUGUUCCUGAUGUUAACCUUAAGACAUUGUCGUUUGAAGUCGAUCUACACUACCUGUUUGACGUCAGAUAAAUGAGGUUACACUUUGAAAACUAGGUUAAAUCAGCAAUUAAUAAUUGUGUGGUUUAGUGUUACUUGAUUAGUUAAUAGGAGAUGUCCAUCAGUACAAAUUUACUCUAAAUUAUUGUACCCUGAGAUAUAAAUUUUGUGAGCCCCCAAAUGCCCUGGUACAGCCGAGAGUGGGGGAAGUCCGCUCUCCCUCUCGAAAUGAUCUCACAUGGCCACGCGUAUAUAGCAUCUGCCAGGGAAGUCCUACUCACU